AGUUUGUAAUAGUCCACAAUGAGAACUGUUCCCAAAUGGGUGAAUAAAAUCCAUGAAGCUGAUAAAGUCGAAUUUUCCAGUGUUCACGCAAUAUGCUUCAGUCCAGAUGGCACACAAUUGGUGGUAGGUGCAGGAGAAAAAGUGAUGGUAUAUGAUCCUCGUGAUGGAGCACUCGUACAGUUACUACAGGCCCACAAGGGGGCUGUACAUGCGGUGGCCUACUGUGGGGAUGGAAAAAAAUUUGCAAGUGGCAGUGCUGACAAGAAUGUUAUCAUUUGGACCUCAAAAAUGGAAGGAGUUUUGAAAUAUUCACACAGUGAAGCAAUACAAUGCUUGGCCUACAAUCCAGUGACAAUGCAUCUCGCCUCAUGCGCCCUCACAGAUUUCGCGUUUUGGUCGGCUGAUGUUAAAGCUGUCCAGAAAUUUAGAUUGGCUGGACGUAUUACAUCCUGUGCAUGGUCAUCCAAUGGACAACAUUUGGCAAUUGGUUUGGCCAGUGGUGCAGUAUCUAUAAGAGAUAGGCAAGGUGAUGAAACUCAACGGAUUAUACGCGACGCUGCGGUGUGGGCUGUGGUAUUCUCUAAAUCAACACUUCUGGUUACUGAUUGGAAUGAUACACUGUCUUUUUAUAGUGUGCAAGGUCAACAAUUACACAAAGAACGCAAUAUUGGUUUAGCGGCUCUCUCGAUUUCGCUGUUGGGCGCGCUAGUAUUAGUGGGCGGAGUAGGUGGCUGGGCCGUGCUUACUUCUGAGGGAGUGCCCAUAUUGAACACGCCACAGGAAUGGGUAUGGGCUAUUAUCCCAUCGCCUGCAUUCAAUACAAUGGCUGUGGCGUGCCAAGAUGGUACUCUAUGGUGCUACCAAGUGGUAUUCAGUACAGUUCACGGGCUAUAUCGGGAGCGUUACGCAUACAGAGAGAACAUGACAGAUGUGAUCGUGCAGCAUUUGACCUCAGGGAACAAAGUUCGAAUUAAAUGCCAUGAUAGAGUGCAAAAGAUUGCUAUAUAUAAACAUAGAUUAGCGGUCCAACUGCCAGAACGAGUCGUAGUGUACGAACAAGGGGACGUAGAGGGUAUGCUGUAUAGAGUUAAGGAGAAAUUAUCGCAGAAAAUAGAAUGUUCGCUACUUGUAGCUACUAGUGACGCUUUGCUUUUAUGUCAGGAUACGAAAUUAGUUAUGAUUGGACGACGAAUGCCAAAAUCGUGGGUUGUACCGGCGCCCAUACGUUAUGUUAAAGUGACAACCUUGUAUUUUGAGGAGGUAUUGUUACUGGGACUUCUUAACGGGCAGAUUUGGCAGGUGGAACCUACCGAUGGGAACUCUAAAAUGGUGCUGCAAACGGCGGGUAGCGUGCGUUGUCUGGACGUUAGUGCAUCUCGGAGUCGCCUGGCAGUCGUCGACGACUCCUCGGUCUGCCGGGUCUACAGUUUACCAACCGGCGAACUCUUGUACACGGAAGAUAACGUGUCAUCAGUGUCGUGGAACUCCUGGUGUGACGACUUGCUGAGUUUGUCCGGUGGUGGCUUGCUGUCUAUAAAGGCUGGUCACUUUCCACCGGCCACUCAACCCCUUAUUGGCUCUGUUGUUGGUUUUCAGGGAGGUCGUGUGUUUUGUUUGCAAGCGAACUCAAUGCAAACUAUAAAUGUGCCGCUGUCUCACGCAGUACAUCAAAAUAUUCAACAAAAGUUAUUUAAUGAAGCAUAUGCGGUGGCCUGCCUCGGUGUGACUGCGUUGGAUUGGGAACGACUCGGAAUGGCAGCGUUAGAAGAACUUAGUUUCGAAGUUGCGAGGAAAGCUUUCCAGCGGAGCGAGAAUAUCAUCUUCCUGUCUCUUAUUGAUCAUUUACAGGAGCGGUUCGAAGCAGGCGAAAAGCGAGGAAUAAUUACUGGCGAAGUGCUUGCUUACCGUGGUCGGUAUAAUGAUGCGGCGCGAGCAUUCCAUACGGCGGGCCGUGACGACCGUGCCCUAAAUUUAUACGUCGACUUAAGAAUGUUCAAUAAAGCGCAGGAGUACGUGGGCGAAGGGGAGGGUAUAGCAGCACUAGCGAGGCAAAGGGCGGAGUGGGCUCGACACGUGAAUGAACCCCGUGCAGCUGCAGAGAUGUACCUCGCGGCCGGGGACGUGCCCAGAGCGGCGCAACUCAUGGCGGAGGGCGGCCGCAAGGACAUGUUGAUAGAGUUGGCCCGCAAGUUGGACAAAGGUUCGAGUGAAUCGUUACGUUGCGUGGCGGAAGCGUUAGUAACUGCCGGCGAGCCGGCCACUGCCGCUGACGUUUAUCAGCGCCUCGGAGACUAUAGAAAAGUAGCUCAGCUGGCGGUAUCGGCGGGUGAGUGGUCCAGAGCGUUUACAUUGGCACGAGAACACGCUGAGUGCAAACGCGAAGUCUACCUACCAUAUGCACAUCGUAUGGCACAGGAGAAUAAAUUCGUGGACGCACAGAAAGCAUAUCACAUGGCGGGGGAGACAAGUACAGCGAUGCGAGUGUUUACAAUACUGGUGGGCAACGCUGUCGCUGAAGAGAGGUUCAGCGAUGCUGGAUAUUUGCACCAUCUACUAGCAAUGCAAUGCUUAGACACUGCGACUAAUUCAAUUAACAAGGAAAGGGAAAACAGCCUGCGGCAGUAUUCGUACAACGAACGCCUGGCCCGCAUAUACAACGCAUACGAUUCAGUACAUCGAUGUAUCCAUGAACCGUUCUCGCUCAUUCAGCCCGACUCGUUGUUGAAUGCAGCGAGGUAUGUACUAGCGUUGUUGGAUGGUGAACCACCGCCAGGGAUAUCUAAAUUCUGCUUGUAUCUCUGCUUAGCAAGGCAAGCAAAGGCGCUAAAUGCUAAUGCUUUAGCUCGACAAAUGCUAGACAAGAUAUUAGGUCUUCUAGUACCACAAAAAUUCCAGGAGAGUGUGGAGCUGUUGAUGGUGAAGACUCGAGCGGCUGGCGGGAGCGAGGGUCGUGAUGAGGAGGUGUCCCCGCUAUGCUGGCGCUGCCGUCGCCACGUUCCACCGCUAAGCGCCGCACGCUGCCCUCACUGCGCACACGCACUCGCACAUUCCCUGGCCACACAUGAAGUUUUACCUUUAGUACAGUUCAUGCCCUCGGAAGGGAUAUCAGAGGCUGAAGCGCUAGAGUUAAUCGAACGGACUCCACUGCCCGAUACGAAUGGCAAGGAAGACACGGGCGGAGCGGAGGUGCUCCGAAUAGACCACGUUGAUGACUCCAGCGACCCGUUCCUGGAUAAAGUCGAUGAGGAUGAUGAAAGCGGCGUGGUGUGGUGCAGCCGGCAGGCGCUGCUGCAGUUGAGCCCGGCCAGCGUGGUUAUAGUGAAGAGGCCCCUGAUGCCUACUCUCUACUACAGGAAUAUGCUGCCGGAGCUGCUUGCCAUAGCCUGUCCACACUGCCAACACCUCUUUUACGCGGAAGAUUAUGAGAUACAUCUGGUAACAAAAGGCCAUUGCCCAUUCUGCCGGCACCCGCCCGACGAGAGCCGUACGGAAGACGGAACUGGGGACGAAUCGCUGUUAAACGGUUCAACAUCUACGCCCACUAGUCCCAGCAAUGGGCAUGCGUCUUGGCGCUAAAGAUGCCCACUGUAUAGAUCGUUCUCUGUAUGUCUUACUAGCUGCGUACCCGCAGUUUCAAUCGCGUAAAAUUAUAGCCUAUUUGUUAUUCUGAUGUAGAACCUAUAACUGUAACGUUUCAUGAAAAUCCAUUGCGUGAAACAGUAACUAACAUUCAUCCAUAAAGUUUGUGAGUAUCAAAAACUUUUUAGCUUUUAUAAUAAUAAUAAGAUAAAACGUCAGCUCUGAUCGUACAUGGAU